AUGGAAUUGGAUGGUCUAGAAUGGGCCUUGCAACAGCAACUUGGUGUUACAGCUACUGGUCCUUCCAGAGUAGAGGACGAGGAGGGUGACCAAUAUAUGGAGCCCGGUGUUGACCAUGAGGGAGAUGAUCAAGUUGGUGCUGAUGAAGAGUGGAGGUAUUUCAAUAAGUUACAUGAAGUAGGAAGUAAUGAGAAAGUGCAACAAGAAAAGAAGAAAAUGGACAACAACAAAUUUGUAAUUGAAGACAUAGAUCCUAAGGCUGUGCCAAGUGAUAUGUGA